AGGAGGGAGCGAUGCAAUGCCCAGGGCUGCUCCCCAGAAACCUCGCUGCUCCUGGUGAUCCCGUUCGCCAUGUGAUCCCGGCAGAGCUGAGGCUGGCUCCGAAAUGGGAACCCUAGGGAAGAGGAAGGAGAACCCUUUGCAAUGGAAAUCCAGGGUGGAAAAAAAAAGAAGUCUGUUCACUUCCACUCCCCUUACACGCUGACUAACUGCUGAAACCUGCACAAAGAUGCAGCACUGCCCCUAAAACAGCACUUGAACUGAAGCAGAUCAGUCGUUGUGCCUCCCAUUCAAAUCCUACCCAGAUUACUGAGUUCAGAAUAAUGAUGCCUUUGGGACACUUAGCCAAAGGCGCCAGCCUGGAGAACCUCAUUGAAACCUGCCUUCAGUCUUUUGAUUCAGAAGGAAACCUAUAUCAAAACAACCAGCUGCUACAGAUAACACUGACCAUGCACAGAGUUAUCAUCCCCUCUGAGGAUGUGCUCCGAAAACUAAUUGAUCUAUAUCUGGAUGCUUUAGAAAAGAAAUCUGGGCUUUGUGUAAAGAUAUGCUAUUUUGUAAGGUAUUGGAUAACAGAGUUCUGGAUCAUGUUCAAAAUGGAUUCUAGUCUAAUUAACACCAUGGAGGAAUUUCAGAAAUUGGUGAGAGCUAAUGGUGAGGAGUUACACUGUCGCCUAAUUGACACAACUCAAAUAAAUUCCCGGGAUUGGUCCCGAAAGCUUACACAGCGGAUAAAGCCCAACACCAGUAAGAAAAGGAAAGUCUCACUUCUCUUUGAUCAUCUAGAGCCGGAAGAGCUAUCAGACCACCUCACCUACCUUGAAUUUAAGUCCUUCCGAAGAAUAUCAUUCUCAGAUUACCAGAAUUACAUUGUAAACAGCUGUGUAAAGGAGAAUCCAACGAUGGAAAGGUCCAUUGCUCUUUGUAAUGGUAUCUCCCAAUGGGUACAACUAAUGGUACUCAGUAGGCCAACACCACAGCUUCGGGCUGAAGUAUUCAUCAAGUUUAUUCAUGUUGCACAGAAGCUCCACCAGUUGCAGAAUUUCAAUACUUUAAUGGCAGUGAUAGGAGGUCUCUGUCACAGCUCUAUCUCCAGACUCAAGGAAACAAGCUCUUAUGUUCCUCAUGAGGUCAACAAGGUGUUUAAUGAAAUGACAGAACUGCUCUCAUCUUAUAGGAACUAUGACAAUUAUCGACGUGCCUACAAUGAGUGCACUAACUUUAAGAUCCCAAUCCUUGGGGUCCACUUGAAAGACCUGAUCUCCCUUUAUGAGGCCAUGCCAAAUUACUUAGAGGACCAAAAAAUUAAUGUGCAUAAACUACAGUCUCUGUAUAACCACAUAAAUGAACUGAUACAACUCCAGGAGAUGGCACCUCCCUUAGAAGCUAAUAAGGAUCUUGUUCAUCUGCUCACGCUGUCACUUGAUCUUUACUACACUGAAGAUGAAAUAUAUGAACUAUCGUAUGCACGAGAGCCAAGAAGCCACCGAGCUGCACCUUUGACACCUUCCAAACCACCGGUAGUUGCAGACUGGGCCUCAGGCAUAGCUCCAAAACCUGAUCCAAAGACAAUCAGCAAGCACGUUCAGAGAAUGGUGGAUUCUGUCUUCAAAAAUUAUGACCAUGAUCAGGAUGGAUACAUUUCUCAGGAAGAAUUUGAAAAGAUUGCAGCCAGCUUUCCAUUCUCAUUUUGUGUCAUGGACAAGGACAGGGAAGGUCUGAUUAGCAGGGAUGAAAUAACAGCUUACUUUAUGAGGGCUAGCUCGAUCUAUUCUAAAUUAGGUCUUGGCUUUGCUCACAACUUCCAAGAGACCACUUACCUAAAGCCUACGUUCUGUGACAACUGUGCUGGAUUUCUCUGGGGAGUUAUUAAGCAAGGAUAUAGAUGCAAAGACUGUGGAAUGAACUGUCACAAGCAAUGCAAAGACCUGGUUGUAUUUGAGUGCAAGAAAAGAUCCAAAAGCAUGACUGCAGAUAACAGCCCGACCUCAGCCCUCGCUUCUAGCCUCUGUCCUGUAGGAGUCAAAGAGCAAUUCCAUGGGCAGGAGGAAGGACCAUUUACAUUUCCUAAUGAAGAAGUGGCUGAACACAAUGAAGAGAGCAAGGACCGAACAAUUAUGCUUAUGGGUGUCUCGUCCCAAAAAAUCUCAGUGAGAGUGAAGCCAGCUGUUCUUGACAAGAGCACACAGACUGAGCCAGCACUGACAAAUAGCGCUGUACCCAGUAGGCAGAUAGAGAAGGAGCAUGGGAUGCCAUCGGAAAAUAUUUAUCUUCAGCCCGCAACACCAUCCCCAUGCCCAAGCCCAGUUCUAAGCCGCAAAAAGGCUUAUGUAAAAUGGGAAAACAAAGACUCAAGUCAGAAACGAAAGGAUGAGCAGCACAUCUAUAAACCCUCAUACCAGGAAGUGGAGCAGGAAAGAAAUAUUCUAAAGGCAGAAAAUGAAGCUUUAAAGAUUCAGCUUAAACAGGCACACAAAACAAUUGAAUCUCUCAGUAUUCAACGCAGAAAUCAUGUCUUGGAUAAUACACAACACAGAGACUGCGCGUAGCUGACAAGGCACAAGCUCUCCUCUGGAUGAAUGUAAAAGGAGAGGGCUUUUUGAACUGUGACAAAGCUGCUGUAUUCAAGUGAACAGGAAACAGAGACUGAAAGAUUUUAAACAGAAAUAUACUCUGUUGAAUCAGCGUAUUUUGCCUGUUCAAUAUACUGCUGAAUGUAUAAAUGUGUUCCUUUCUCUGACAGUUUAAAAUAAUUUAUCUUCUGAACCCGGGAAUUAAUACGUUCUGGAAUCUCUCUCAAGAAGGGUGAUAUAGGCCCUGAAGUUUAUAUUUAUCAUCAGUAAGCAACUUCCAUGUCCAAUAUGGAUGAUGCGACUCUACAAAUAGCUACUGUUUCUAUCAAGUGCCCAGUGCCCACCUACAAGUGUUCCAACAAGGUAUGUAAUUAAGCAGACACCAUCAACUCAAAUUUGGCCCAGAUUCAGGUUUUCUAACAAACAUUUGAUAAAUCUAAGACUUUUGAGCAAUUUUUGAUAAGAUAGAAAUUUCAUGGUCCCAAUCAUCGCUGCAUUAAGAACUGGAAAGUGCAACUGAGUUCAUUGAUUUUCAUCAUCCAACAUUAGAAAUACGAACUGUCAGUAAGCAGUGAAAUGAUUUUAAGUCUUUCCUUUUUAAUGCUCUAAGAUGUGGUAUAUAAAUAUUUUUAUAACUGAUUAAAAUUAAGCGUUCCUUUAAAAUCCUCGCUUUCUGAGCUGGCCACACUUUAAACCCUGCAAAACUAAAAAUUAUAGUGCCUCAUACAGAGCACGAGACUAGAGAUUUCACACUGGAGUAUUGCUUCUACUUUAAUGUCCCAUGCUACCAUUCAGGUCAAAUAGUCUUGAUACUGGCCCUGCUGGCUCAGUGGUUAAUGGUUGAAGACAGAUUUUAUUGACAGGAGGAAAAGAUGUUGGCUAUUUUCUUUAACUUCUCUCCAUCUUUCAGUCCUUCAUUUAUAAGCGUGCAAUAUGUUCUUAUGUUUCAAGACUUAAUCAUAAGAUACAAAUAUUAAAAUUAAGGAAGGGGAAUUUUCAGUCCAUGACAGCAUUUAACUGUCAUGGCCUCCAACUAUGGAACCUAUCAAAGUUGGGGAAGUACAAAGCUCCUCACCAUUGACAGCCUUCCUCUAUAGCUUAAUUUAUUAUUUAUUAUUUUUGGCACAUCUAAGGGUACCCGCCAAGGACUAGGACUCUAGUGGGCUAAGCACUGUACAAAUAACUUGAAGGCACUCCCUGCCCCCAAGAGCUCAUGAGCUAGGAUUUGUUGGCAUAAAUACAAAACAGACUUUGUAUGUGAUUAUUAUGUGGUUGCCAGCAUUUCGGAAAAAAGUGGCCGUGGAACAAUUCUGAGAAGGCGCGGGGGGUGGUGGGGGGAGAGGAAGAGAGGGAAGGGAAGAAGUUGCAUGUACAUCAUGGGGAAUUUCAGGUUAUGUUCUUGUGGGUAGUUUAGUUCACUAACGGUUCAGCUAAGCAACCAGAAUCCACAGCAAACGUGUCUCUCCAUCGUGAACCCAUCCCUCCCCAGAGAAUCUCCUCUUCCUGCUCCUUACCUGCAGUUGUCUUUUUGGGAGGAGGACUGAAGGUCUGUAUUUCUCCACUUGCAUGGGAAAGAGGCAUCUACUUCACACUACCAGGGAGCCUCUAGCCUUCAUCUCUUUUUGUCUCUCUUGUGUUUCCUGAAUCCCUUAGGGUCCUCCUGCCCUGUCCCCAUUCUGUAUUGAAUCCAUGUACUUUUUCCUGGCCCCAGUCCCUGAGCAAUUAAUCCCCUUCCCCAAACAUGCCAUCUCAAAAUUCACUGCUUCCUCCAUCUCUCCCCUCCCCCUCCUUACAUGUGUGUUAAUUUGGUGCAAUAAACAAACAGUCUCUUUCUAACAGGAGUCCUCAGCAGCAAGAAGUUCUGCUCUGCCAUUAAAUUUCCUGCCUGACUCUCAGGACCCUGCUACACCUGCUCUUCUGCACACAUUCUCCCUCUCAGGUCCUAGGUCACUGGCUGGAGCAUCAGCUUGCUAAGGCCAUUUGUAAAGUUCUUCAACUGCCUUGUCUAAAAAUCCAUGCCAGUGUGGGUCAGAUUUUUGACACAGACUAUUAAUUUGUGCAUGUGGAACCGGCAUUUGGGGCUGUACCUAGCUCCCACUGAAAUCAACAGCAAAACCUCCAUUGGCUAAACUGGGAAAAAGAACAAGCCCUACCACAAGUCACGUAACUGCAUUUCUGAUUUUUGCACAGGUAUAAAAAUAUCUCCCAUUGUUUCUGAAACUAGGUUCUUGUCUGUAGUUCUGGUAUCCCUGUAUGUCUGUGAUAGUGCAAGAAACACUCUUUAUAGGAGAGAGCUCCCCAGCCUGUGCCCUUUUGACCAAGAAGCCUGAGUGCUGGAGGUUUCAGACACUCUCCUUUCGCUACCUCAUCUUAGAGGCUGAAGGUUGCUGUACCUCCCUGGGAUGAUCUGCCUGGAGUUCCCAAACAGUCUAGUUUUCAAAAGUCUGAUGCUCAUUUACAAGGUUCCUUUACACUGCUCUACCGGCAUAAAGGUGUUCUAAUGUAAAUACAUUUCAGGGGGUGUAAAUUUAAUUAAGAAUAGAGAGGAAUAGACAUAGGCUCUGUAUACGGUAUUUAAUCUAACACUGUAAAAUUCAGCUAGAUAGGUUCUCCUUAUGACAAACUCUUAGAAAUAUGAUGUAUUUUUAUUUGCUGUGGGCAUGUCUAUCCAGGGAAAUUCAGAUUAAGGUAAAGCGUGAAUUUAAAGCAGAAUAGCUAUUCUUGAUUAACUCCCUUAACCCAUUUUAGAUUAAGCUAAUUCAGAAUAAGGCACUCUUAUUCCAGAUUAAAAACAUCUACACAGGGAGUUAAUCAAGAACAACUUUAAAUUUAAAUCCAACCUUAAUCUGAACUUCCCUAUAGACAAGCCCACAAAAAAUAAAAAUUCGAGCUGUCAAGGAAUUUAAAAAAAAUUAAUCGGGAUUAAUUGCACUGUUAAACAAUA